AAUUUAAAUGAAUAGUAAUUUCACAAAUUUUCAUAGAUAUUUGAAACUAUAUUUAUUUAUUCAAUUAUAUUAUACAGAAUGCUAGCAGGUAAAUAUAUAAUGGUAUAUCCAAAUUCACAAUUUUAUUUGUUUUAGAUGGAACAGCAAAAAGGGUUGUGGCCUCAAAACCUGUUGUGGAAAUGGACGGUGAUGAGAUGACACGCAUCAUUUGGGCAAAAAUCAAAGAGAAACUGAUUUUCCCUUAUGUCAAGCUGGACUGUUUGUAUUACGACCUCGGGCUGCCUCACCGUGACGCCACCGACGACCAAGUGACCGUAGAUGCUGCGCAAGCUAUUCUCAAACAUAACGUAGGCAUCAAAUGUGCGACCAUUACCCCCGACGAGCAGAGAGUAGAAGAAUUUAAACUGAAGAAAAUGUGGUUGAGCCCCAAUGGCACGAUUAGGAACAUACUAGGCGGAACAGUGUUUCGUGAACCUAUCCUCUGUAAGAGUAUCCCACGCGUGGUGCCGGGCUGGACCAAGCCAAUCGUGAUUGGAAGACAUGCGCACGGUGAUCAGUACAAGGCGUUAGACUUCGUCGUUCCGAACCCGGGGAAGGUUGAAAUGGUAUAUACUGCAGCUGAUGGUACAGUCACAAAACAACUGCUGUAUGAUUUCAAAUCAGCGGGUGUCGCUAUGGGAAUGUAUAACUUGGACGAUUCUAUCCGAAGCUUCGCACAUUCCAGUUUUCAGGUGGCAUUACAAAAGAAAUGGCCUCUGUAUUUGUCAACGAAGAACACAAUAUUGAAGCGAUACGACGGUCGUUUCAAGGACAUAUUUGAAGAGAUAUACCAGAGUGAUUAUAAAAAACAGUUUGAAGAUGCAAAAAUCUGGUAUGAGCACCGUUUGAUCGAUGAUAUGGUCGCGCAGGCUGUCAAGAGUUCUGGUGGAUUCGUGUGGGCGUGCAAGAACUAUGAUGGCGAUGUUCAGUCAGAUAUUGUAGCACAGGGUUACGGGUCUCUAGGAAUGAUGACGUCAGUGUUGAUGUGCCCGGACGGCAAAACAGUUGAGUCUGAAGCUGCUCACGGGACUGUUACGCGCCACUACCGUAUGCAUCAGCAGGGGAAACCGACCUCUACCAAUCCUGUCGCUUCUAUAUACGCGUGGACCAGGGGACUGAUACACCGGGCCAAAUUGGAUAACACGCCUGAGUUGGCGCGAUUCGCACUAGCACUUGAAGAGGCUUGCGUGGAGUGCAUAGACAGUGGAAAAAUGACAAAGGACUUGGUGAUUUGCAUCCACGGCUUGGCCAAUACCAAGGAAGGCAUGUUCCUGCACACCGAAGACUUCCUUCUUGCCAUCGCCGAUCAAUUGGAGCGUAAACUAAAAAAUUAAUGUAUUACCUUACAUUGUCAUAGCUUAAUUUGCUGUAAAAAGUCAUCCUUAAAUCUCAGGAACCAUUAUAAACUUAUUGAAAAACUGCCUAAACUGUAAAUACUUAAAAACAUAAUUAUUGGUCUCAUAAUAAGUCAUUAAUGUAGUUAAAUAAAAUUGAAUAUUCCAUCAUUGAACUAAAAAUGUGCGAGAUUAAACAGAUUUUUAAUGUACAAUAUUUGUAUUAGAAUGAAUUAUCGUAUUACUGUGCAUUUAGUAUAUAAUUUUUUAACUAGUUCUUCGUUUGAUGUUAUAUAAUUAUUCGACUCAAGUGGGGAGUUCUAUUAUUUAAAGUAAUAAUUUUCUUUACAUAUACAAAUAUAUGUUGUAUAGACAUUAUAUUUGAGAUAAAGUAAAUAACAGAGAAAAUUGCGAUGAAAUUCUUCACAAUGGCAUUUCCACUUUCCUUUGGUCAUUAUAUUAUAUAUUUGUAUAAUAUUUAUAAGUAUACACUGUUUGUUACAGGUAAACUUGUAAGAAUAUUCAAAUAUUAGAUGUCAUUGAAUUAAAAGGAAGACUGAGUUUAUAAUUGAUGACUGAUUGUUUAUGAUGAAAUUUGUAUGAAUGUGUAAUUUUAAGGAUUACAAUUUUUAGAUUAUUUUAAUAGAAUACAUGAAACAAUGAUUAUAAGAAAUCUUAUAAAUAUUUUUACAACAGUCUCAUUCUGAUAUGAUUGAGUGUUUUGAUUCAGUAAUUGUAAUUUUUUAUAUAUAUAUAUAUUUACAUUUUUAUGCAUGAUAAACAAUUAAAAUUUUAUUUUUA